UUUUUUGCAUGCUAUCCUUAUUAAAAAAUGAAAACCUAUAAAUGUUUGGUUGGUUUUAGUUGAAACAGACACUGUUUUUUCAUCUGUGUGAUUUUGACAAAGAUCAGAUCACAUUUGAUGGUGAUUUUAUGCAGAAAUGUGAGGAAUUCCAAAAGGUUUAGAUACUUUGUCAUACCACUGUAUGCUUGGCUUAGACUCCCAAAAGUCUUGGUCAUAUCUCAGUUUGGCCUGAAAAGUCUUGUUCUUGUCUUACUCUCAACUUCAAAAAGUCUUGAUCUUGGCCUCGGUGAGUUGUUCUCAGGCAAGUCCUGAUUUUAGCAAACGUGUACCCCUAAAUGUAGAACCUAAAUGUAGGCCCUAAAAUCUCGUUUUUCCACCCAAAACCAACUUUCUUCAAUAAGCAAUAAACCAGUUCUCAAAGGGCCACAGUGGGUGCAGGUUCUUGUCCAAACCCAUUAGGAGGACAGCCCUUCACCAAUAUGGUGUCUUACAAUUGAUUGCAGUCAGAUGCUGCUUGUUUUAGCAGAAACCUCAUUGGUUGAACUGUCUGUGCUGGAUCUGUUGGAACAAAGACCUUUGUGGAAUAGGUUCGACACCCCUGCUGUAAAUGAACCCUCACUGCCCCCGUUGUAUCGGUGGAGCUACCAGACAAGGGGGUAUCGGGGGCGGGUCACAAGCACGCGCCUAUAAAGUCCAAGCGUGCAUGUAAGCACUUGAGAACUUCUCCUUGCUUUGAGCAUGACUGGUAACAUGGAUGCGCUCCUGUGCGCGCUCUCCCUUGCGAUUAUGGUGUCCGCCUGCGCCAGGGCGGCCCGCGUCCAACUUAACUCCAUCAGGACGGUGGUGGUGCCCGUGGCCUCGUUCAACAGGAGCGCCUGGGAACUAACGCUCAGGCAGUGCAUUAGCGACCUGGAGUGCAGCGAGGGAAGCUAUUGCCACACCUCCUACACAGGUCCUGCCCACUCCCGUUGUCGGACGUGCAGGAGGAGGAAGAAGCGUUGCCGUAGAGACGGGAUGUGUUGCCCGGGCAACCUCUGCAGCAAUAGUGUGUGCAUCCCUCGCGGGGAGGCCACGAAAUCACAACAAGUUACCGAGCGUGACGACUGGACCCGCGGCAAAGCCAGAUGGAGCAAGAAAGAUAAAACGGCAGCGGGUAAAGGUCAAGUCGGCGACCCCUGUUUAUCCGCCGUGGACUGUUCGGACGGGCUCUGCUGCGCUCGCCACUUCUGGACGCGCAUCUGCAAACCCGUUUUACAGGAGGGACAAAUUUGUUCACGGCGGAGGGGUCGCGCGCCGGAGCUGUUCCAGAGAUGCCCUUGCGGCAGAGGACUGGCCUGUCGCGCGCCACGUGUCGCCGCGCCCUCAUCGCCCCUACUGGUGGCGGUCAAGUCCAAGUCGGCGGGCUACUCUCGCUCACACGCCCCUCAUCCAUCAAAGACCAGACUGCGCGAGUGUCGGAGGAAGUGACGCGGAAUGGAUCAAGUGACAGUUGAUGAGCCACAGUCAAGACUUGUGUAUUUUUAAACUACAGUCCUUGACAAAAGUCUUGUCGCUUAUCCAUUUUAUUGAAACAGUUGCUAAUAA